UCUCCACAACUCCUGGCGGCCAGAGUGGGCUCCAUGAGGAAGCAGGAAGUGCGGACGGGUGGGGAGGGCAGCCAGGGCCACAGCGCCAGUUCACCGGCCGAGCAGGUGAAAGCCCUGGUGGACUUACUGGCUGGGAAGGGCAGCCAGAGCCCCCUGACCCUGCAGGCCGUGGACAGGACACCAGACUCCCCUCGGGGUACCCGCAGCAAUGACUCCAGGAUGCAGAGGCACCGUGAGGUACUGCUGGGCAGGCUGGGGGACGGCCCCGAGCAGGGGGGUCCCCAGCUGAGCCGCCUCGUGCUGGUGGAGGGCCUGAGCGACCUGCAGCUGCAAGAGCACGACUUCACACAGGUGGAGGCCACUCGGGGGGACCGGCGCCCUGGCCGGACGCUGCCACUGGACAGGCUCUUCCGGCCACUGUCGCGGGUGUCCGUGCCACCCCGAGUGUCCAUCACUGUGGGGGUGGCCGGCAUGGGCAAGACUAGCCUGGUGCGGGCCUUCGUGAGGGGCUGGGCCCGGGGGCUGGGCGGCCGGGACUUCUCCCUGGUGCUGCCCCUGGCCUUCCGGGAUCUCAACGCCCACGAGAGGCUGUGCGCCCACCGGCUCCUGAGCGUGUCCUGCCCGCCCCUCGGGGACCUGGGCGCCUCAGUGACGGCCCCUCUGGCCAGGGUCCUGCUCAUCCUUGACGGCCUGGAUGAAUUCAAGGCACCGCUGGACUUCUCGGACACGGCGGCCUGCGCAGACCCCCGGAGGGAGCUGCCGGUGGACCAGCUGGUCACCAACAUCAUCCGGGGCAGCCUCCUCCCCCAGGUGGCCGUGUGGGUCACCUCCCGGCCCGGUGCAGCCGGCCAGAUUCCGGGGGGCCUGGUGGACCGGAUGACCGAGCUCCAGGGCUUCUCAGAGGAGGAGGUGCGGGCAUGCCUGCAGGGGCUGUUCCCCAAGCAGCCGGUGCUGGCCGAAUGGGUGGCGGGGCAGGUGCAAGCCGACCGAGCCCUCUACCUCAUGUGCACCGUGCCCGCCGUCUGCCGACUGGCGGGCCUGGCGUUGGGCUACCUGGGCCGCCGGCAGGGGCCCGGGGACUCGGAGCUGCCCCGCAGCCUGAGUGAGCUGUACACCUGGUACUUGCGGCUGGCGCUGGGCGGGGCGAACACGUGGGCCGAGCAGGCAGGCCGCAGGCUGGUGGGCACGCUGGGCCGCCUGGCCUUCCAGGGGCUGCUGCGCGGCAGGACCGUGUUCUCCGAGGCUGACCUCAAGGCCAGCGGCGUGGAACCCGCGCUGCUGCAGCAGAGCGCGCCAUGCAGCCGCGUCCUGUGGCGGGAGGAUGCACUGGGCCCCGCGGCCGCCCCCGCCGCCUUCGCCUUCGCGCACCUGUCGCUGCAGGAGUUCCUGGCGGCCGCCUAUUACCUGGGCGCCGCCCGCAGGGCCAUCUUCGACCUGUUCGCGGAGGGCAGCGUGUCCUGGCCGCGCCUGGGCUUCCUUGCGCACUUCCGGGCGGCGGCCCAGCGCGCCAUGCAGGCCGAGGACGGGCGGCUGGACGUCUUCCUGCGCUUCCUGUGCGGCCUGCUGGCACCCCGGACACUGGGCCUGGCGGCCGGCUGGCUGCCAGCGGCGGGUGAGCUCGGGGGCUACCGGGCACCUGCAGCCGAGCUGCUGCAGGGCUGCCUGCAGCCGGCAGGGGUGGUGAGCGCGCGUGCCAUCAACGUGCUGCACUGCCUGCACGAGCUGCAACACCCUGAGCUGGCCCGCGCCGCCGAGGCCGCCCUGGAUGCCAGGGGCCCACCUGCCACCCCGCACCGCGCCGCCCUGGCCUACCUGCUGCAGCUGGCGGACGCCCGGGCCCGCGAGCCCGGCCUGCCCCUGCGCCUCAGCCCCGCCGACCUCCAGAGCCUGCUGCCGCAGCUGUUGUACUGUCGCACCCUGAGGCUCGACACCAACCAGUUCCAGGACCCGGUGAUGGAGCUGCUGGGCAGUGUGCUGAGCAGAAAGGACUGCCACAUCCAGAGAAUCAGCUUGGCUGAGAACCAGAUCAGUAACAAAGGCGCCAAAGCUCUGGCCAGAUCCCUCCUGGUCAACAGAAGUCUGACCUCUCUGGACCUCCGCAGCAAUGCCAUCGGGCCGCAGGGGGCCAAGGCACUGGCAGAUGCACUCAAGAUCAACCGCACCCUGGCCUCGCUGAGCCUCCAGAGCAACGUGAUCAGGGAUGACGGCGCCAAGUCCAUGGCUGAGGCCCUGGCCACCAACCAGACCCUCUCUGUGCUGCACCUGCAGAAGAACACCAUCGGGCCCUCGGGAGCCCAGCGGAUGGCCGACGCCCUGAAGCAGAACAGGAGCCUGAAGGAGCUUGUGUUCUCCAGUAACAGCAUUGGCGACGAGGGUGCCCAGGCCCUGGCGGAGGCCCUGAAGGUGAACCAGGGCCUGGAGAGCCUGGACCUGCAGAGCAACUCCAUCAGUGACCCAGGGGUGGCGACGCUGACGAUGGCCCUGUGUGCCAACCACACACUCCUGAGCCUCAGCCUUCGGGAAAACUCCAUCAGCUCCGAAGGCGCCCAGGCCCUGGCUGGAGCACUCUGCGCCAACAGCACCCUGCAGCACCUGGACCUGACUGCCAACCUGCUGCAUGACCAGGGUGCCCAGGCCCUCGCGGGGGCAGUGGGAGGAAACCACGCCCUUACCUCCCUUCACCUGCAGUGGAACUUCAUCCAGGCCGGUGCUGCCAAGGCCCUCGGACAAGCACUACAGCUCAACAGGAGCCUGACCAGCCUGGACUUGCAGGAGAACGCCAUCGGGGAUGAGGGCGCCUGUGCGGUGGCUGCUGCGCUCAAAGUCAACCCCGUCCUCACUGCUCUCUAUCUGCAGGUGGCCUCCAUCAGAGCCCCGGGGGCCCAAGCGCUAGGGGAGGCCCUGGCUGUGAACAGAACCUUAGAGAUUCUUGACUUACGAGGAAAUGCCAUUGGUGUGGCCGGAGCCAAAGCCCUGGCGAACGCUCUGAAGGUCAACUCCAGCCUCCGCAGACUGAAUCUGCAGGAGAACUCCCUGGGGAUGGAUGGGGCCAUCUGCAUUGCCACAGCACUAUCCAGGAACCACGGGCUCCAGCACAUAAAUCUCCAGGGAAACAACAUCGGGGACUCUGGGGCCAGGAUGAUCUCAGAGGCCAUCAAGACAAAUGCUCCGUCAUGCACAGUGGAGAUGUGAACAGAGUUCCUGGAGGUCGGUUAGCUGGCGGGCAUGUGGAAGCGGUGGGCACUGCCCAGCAGGAAGGCUGUUUGCUAGAGGUCUCCUCGUGGUCUGGGAGAUGCUGGCUGCAGGAGGAGCAAGGCAGGUGCUGCAGAAAAGGACUUGUCAUCCCUCCCAGACCAGGCUGGGUCCCGGCGUGGGGAGAGGGCCUUCUGUCCCUCGCAGGGGGCUCAGAGAUGUUCUCCUUGAGGCUCAGCAAGUGAAAAUCCAGUUUAUAUCUUGAGGUCUUCACAGGUCUACAACUUUCUUGGGGUACUGGAGCUAGAAGCCAGGUCCUUGUAACUCAAAGCAUGUGCUCUGCCACUGAGCUCAUUCCUGGCCCCUCAGCCUUCACCUUUAAGUUAUUACUGCCGCCCUCUCCACUCACUGGCGAAAUCCACACCUGUGAAAUGAACUGCCAAAUCAAGCUCAUUGCACUUUGGUGAGAGAGGGGACAACUCCCUUUUCUCUAGAAGAAAAGCAGGCUUGUGGGGCUGGUUGUUGGCACAUCUGGUUGAGCAUAUGCUACAAUGUACAAAGACCUGGGUUUGAGCCCUCAGUCUCCACCGGCAGGGGGAACGCUUUGCGAGUGGUGAAGCAGAGCUGCAGGUGUCUCCCUACCUGUCUGUCUGUCUGUCUAUCUAUCUAUCUACAUAUCUAUCUCCCUUCCCUCUCAGUUUCUGGCUCUCUCUAUCCAAUGAAUAAAGAUAAUUUUAAAAUUCAAAGAAAAGC